CAUGUGUUGACCCAAACUUUUGGUUGAAUUUAAAUUGAUUUGCAAUUUGUUGAGUGUUUUGGUCACCGAAACGUUGGAUCAAUUAAUGGGUCGUAUCGUUAAGACACGAAUCCACUGACAAUAGGAUGCCAUUCAUUGGAGUACACGUGGGCGCCGGACAGUACGGCACCGGUCAUCGACGGGAUCUAUAUCUGAAUGCCUGUCGCAUCGCCUGUCUUGAGUCUGAACGACAAGUGUUCGGCCAUCGAUGGUGUGAUUCGGGCCAUCGCUAGUCUCGAAGACAAUGACGUGACAAACGCUGGCUUAGGAUCUAAUCUGAAUCUUAACGGUUGCGUUGAAUGUGACGCCAGUCUAAUGGAUGGCCAGUCACUGAAUUGGGGAGCCGUCGGCGCUCUUCACGGCAUUAAGAAUCCGAUCAAAGCGGCCGAAUGUGUGCUCACGGGUCAGACCAGACAACAGCCGUGUGGUCUCAUUGCACCCAACUUUCUGGUGGGAGAGGGGGCCAGAAGUUACGCUCUCAGCAAUGGUUGCGUGGCUUCAGAACUAUUAACUGAGCGAUCGCAACAAUCGUAUAAUAGAUACAAACGACUUCUUGACAGUGAAACGAGUGAUGAGUCUUUGAACGCCAAACAUAAACGUCUGGACACAGUGGGCGCCAUAUGUGUGGACUGGGCCGGCAAUGUGGCCGCCGGUGCCUCUAGUGGUGGCAUUCAUCUGAAGCCUUCGGGACGAAUAGGACAGGCAUCAAUGAUGGGAUGCGGUGUUUGGGCGCAGAAUUGCAUUGCCGUCACGACCACCGGUACGGGAGAAUACUUGACCAAAACUAUGUUCGCUAAAGAAUGUGCCAAUCAUUUGCUUAACACAAGUGAUGGCAAUAAUUUAAAUGCUUUGAAUAAAGCUUUUAGAUAUGGAUUCACCGACUCACCGUUACUUCAAAGCAUAGCGAGAGAGAACAGACUCGGAGGAGUGUUAGCUCUCUAUCACGACAAGGACUCGACACACACUGAGCUAUUGUGGGGUCACAGCACUCACUCCAUGUGUAUCGGAUAUAUGGGCUCUCACUCUAAACCCAAAGCAUUCAUAUCUCAAUUGCCGACUGACUCUAAACCCGGACUUUAUUUUAAAGUCGAAGCAAUCAAUGAUUAGUUAAUUACAAAUAUUUUAAUAAACUAUUUAUUUAGUGAAUUUGUUUAUAAUAAAGAAGUUA